AUGCUGGAGUCGUCAAGGAAGAAGGAGGCGGUAAAAGAGACCACGGGCACGGGUCUUGUCGACGUAAAUCAGCGCAAGCGCCAAACGAUAGGAUCCACAAGCACGGCUUUCAGCGCGGAACAAGGCGCUUUCUGGGUCUUGGCGCUCGCUUUCGAUCCGUCGGGUCGGGCCUGGGGAUUGCCCGAUCAGGGAAUCUCGUGGUAA